GCUUAAAUGAGCCGGGGCUCCCGGCGCGCGCCACUUCAAGGGAGCCCGCCGCGGGAGCGGCCACCGCCGGCUUUCCUCUGCGCGCCGGGAGGCGGCGGCCGUCGGGGACCCGGCACGGCGGGCCGAGGCGCUGCGCCCGCUGCAAGGAAGCGGCGGCGGCCGGCGAUGGGGACCGAGCGAAGCGACCGAGCCCGGCCGUGACCGCCGCGCCGCCGCCGCCUCAGGCGCUCUCGGAGCGCCGACGCUGAGGAACAUGGCCCUGGAGCAGCUCUGCGCGGUCCUCAAAGUGUUGCUAAUAACAGUACUUGUAGUGGAAGGGAUUGCUGUGGCCCAAAAGACCCAAGAUGGACAAAAUAUUGGAAUCAAGCACAUUCCUGCAACCCAGUGCGGCAUUUGGGUUCGAACCAGCAAUGGUGGUCAUUUUGCUUCACCAAAUUAUCCUGACUCAUAUCCACCAAACAAGGAGUGUAUCUAUAUUUUGGAAGCUGCCCCUCGUCAACGGAUAGAGCUGACCUUUGAUGAACGCUAUUACAUAGAGCCAUCGUUUGAAUGUCGGUUUGAUCACUUGGAAGUUCGAGAUGGGCCAUUUGGCUUCUCUCCUCUUAUAGAUCGUUACUGUGGCAUGAAAAGCCCUGCAUUAAUUAGGUCAACGGGAAGAUUCAUGUGGAUUAAAUUUAGUUCUGAUGAAGAACUUGAAGGACUAGGAUUUCGAGCAAAAUACUCAUUCAUCCCAGAUCCAGACUUUACUUACCUUGGAGGUAUUUUAAAUCCCAUUCCAGAUUGCCAGUUUGAGCUCUCAGGAGCUGAUGGAAUAGUACGGUCUAGCCAAGUAGAACAAGAAGAAAAAACAAAGCCUGGACAAGCAGUUGACUGCAUAUGGACAAUUAAAGCUACUCCAAAGGCUAAGAUUUAUUUGAGGUUCUUAGAUUACCAAAUGGAACACUCAAAUGAAUGCAAAAGAAAUUUUGUGGCAGUCUAUGAUGGAAGCAGUGCUAUCGAAAAUCUGAAGGCCAAGUUUUGCAGUACUGUGGCUAAUGACGUCAUGUUGAAAACAGGAGUGGGAGUGAUUCGGAUGUGGGCCGACGAAGGCAGUCGGCUCAGCAGGUUUAGAAUGCUCUUCACCUCCUUUGUGGAACCUCCCUGUACAAGUAGUACUUUCUUUUGCCAUAGCAACAUGUGCAUCAACAAUUCUUUAGUAUGUAAUGGUGUUCAAAAUUGUGCGUACCCUUGGGAUGAGAAUCACUGUAAAGAAAAGAAAAAAGCUGGACUAUUUGAACAAAUCACUAAAACUCAUGGGACAAUUAUUGGCAUUACAUCAGGAAUUGUCUUGGUCCUUCUCAUUAUUUCUAUUUUAGUACAAGUGAAACAGCCCCGGAAAAAGGUUAUGGCUUGCAAAAGUGCAUUUAAUAAAACUGGGUUCCAGGAAGUAUUUGAUCCUCCCCAUUAUGAACUAUUUUCACUAAGAGAGAAAGAGAUUUCUGCAGAUCUAGCAGAUUUGUCAGAAGAACUUGACAACUACCAGAAGCUGCGGCGUUCCUCCACGGCCUCCCGGUGCAUUCAUGAUCACCACUGUGGAUCUCAGGCCUCCAGUGUCAAACAAAGCAGGACCAACCUCAGUUCAAUGGAACUUCCCUUCCGAAAUGAUUUUGCACAACCACAGCCAAUGAAAACAUUUAAUAGCACCUUCAAAAAAAGCAGCUACACUUUCAAACAAGCUCAUGAAUGCUCUGAACAGGCUCUAGAGGACAGAGUGAUGGAGGAGAUUCCCUGUGAAAUUUAUGUCAGAGGGCGAGAUGAUUCUGCACAAGCAUCCAUAUCCAUCGACUUUUAAUUGUUGACUAAAGGCAUUAUUAUUAAGUGUGUAUGCAGCCUACACCAACACCCAUUCAAUCUUACACACUACAUCAACAUCUGUCUCCACAUUCAAUCUUGUUCUAUCAAAUUUAGAAAUCCCUUCAUAAUUUAUCAUUAUGCUGAUGAUUUUAUUAUCUCAGGCAAUCUAUAUAUGUGAAACCAACUAAGAAACAAUGUAUUCAGUAGAAAGAAGUCAUCAUCUGUUGCUGGUAUCUUACCUACAAAACACCAAUAGAAGCUGAGGAGUGAGUGGUCAUGUUGAGUCAGGUGGAGCAGCCUGCUGGUGUUAUUGGGUACUGUUCGUUCACACAGCCCCAUCAAGUUGAUCUCACAGUAAAUUUAAAAGAUUUUUCUUUAUAUUCCUUUUUGUCCUUUUUUCUAUUAUGUUUUAUUUACUUGUAGUUUUACCAUUUCAGUUUCCUGCGGAAGGGGAUAAUAUGUCACUUAAUUCAGCAUGGUCAUAUAUUUGCUCUUAAAUGUGUAAAAUACAACUAGUACUAUAAUGAGUGGCAGUUUAAGAUGCAGGCAUAUUUCAUUUCUUCCUGACUGAUUUCUACACUGCUGUCUUUAAUAACUGCAUCUUUAGAUCUGUUUUUCUGUGGGAAGUAGUAUAUGACAUGAUUUAUCACCUUUAAAUCAUGUUUCCUAUUAGUUAUACUACAAAAGUAAUAAUCCUGGGGUAUAUUAUUACCAGAUAGACAUAAGCAGAAAUUUGAGAAAGAUUUAAAAACUUGUAGCAACCUCUGAAGUUUUCCCCAUUGGGUCUCAAUUCAGUGAUAGUCACCCCAGUAAUCAGGGUCCUAGAGCUCCCUUGUGAGCAGGCCUUUAGUUAUGGCUCUGUGCAGAGAUUCUCAGACCUUGUUCCCUAUCAUCUUUCAAACAGAGUUCUUAGUUCUCUAUUAUUAGUUUGACUUUGACACAUGGCCAUGGUUGGCAGAAGCUUAAAGAAAUUCUCAGAGAAGUUGUGUGAGCCUUUACAUGGCUUCUGCUUGGAACAGCGCAUUUUUUACCCAUUAUCAAGAAUAGCAACUUCAACUUUUUUUUAAGCUGCACUUUUGACCUUAUGUUUUGUAAAAUAUAUAAAACAAUAAUUUAUAAACAUGAUAUCAAAACUCAUUGUGUUUUUAGACUUUUGAUAUUAUUUGAUAUUGUAUAAACUUUAUUAGAUCAAGAUUUAAGACAUACAAGACAUUUCUUUAAGUGUUCACAGUAGUGACUUUGUGUAGAAGUAUACUGUGAUGGGACUGUACUAUAAUUUAUUAUAAAGAUCUUGCCCAUGGUGAUUUAUACAUACAUCUUUCUUUAUUUUGCUGCUGUGUUAGUUGGUAAGUUUUUCACUGUGUGGUAUUUAUUGUUCUAAAUCACAACAGAAAUCAUAUAUUAAAGUAUACAUUAAUUCAUGAUCCUUCAAUUUUAUUAUUUAUAGCAAGAAUCCUUUGAAUAAGAUGUAGAUGGGGAAGAAUUCAUAUAUUUAAUGAUAACCAAUAUAGAUAAUGCCAUUUAAUGUUUAACCCAUGUUAAACAUGCCUUCCGAUGAAAAAUGUAAAUUCUUAGUUUCUAUAUUUAACUAAAUUUCCAAUUAAAUGAAAAGUUUAGGUUUCACUAGAGUUCAUUUAUUUCUUUAAUUACUACAUAAAUCUGAUUUCUCAGAUUACUAAACUUUGACCUCUAGUGUGAUGUACUUUCUGACCAAAAUGUGUUUACUGUAUGACAUUUUUUAUUUUUAAAAAGAAAAUUAUAUCAAGAAUAUGGGAAAACUUAAUACUUGGCAUAAGCAUGACUUAACUUUUUUAAGUCAGUAGACAUUCCUGCUUUGUAAAAUAGAACUUGGAAAAGUAAAAGGAAUCUCAAAACAUAGUAGUCACUGAAUUAUCCAGAGAAAAAUUAGAUAACUUUGUUCUUUCAGUAACAAUACGCAUAUUAUUAGAUUACUUAGGCCAACAUAGUAAAUAAUUAAAUUGAUAGCUAUGAUACCAUAGUAAAAUAAAAAUUAACAUACUUCCUUUAUAAAUUAUAUCCAUCAUGAAGAUAAUUGUUAUACUCAAUUUUUAGAUUAUGGAGUUUAUACUAUGCCUUCAUACAUCAUGAUCACUUGUAGCUGUAUUUUUAUUUUUUAACACUGUAUCCUAUUUUAAAAGAAUUUGAGGGGUUUACAAAACAGUUGUUUAUAGAAAAUACUGAAUAUUACAACCAUGUAAAUUUGCAUGAUCUCAUGCAACUCAGCAAGAGAAACUUGGAUGAUCAUUUGGUCUAAAUUCUCUAACUAGAAAGUUGUUUGUUUUCACAUUAGAAAACAAUUCAGCGGCUAUAGUGAAAGCCAUAAAUUCAGUAAUGACAAACAUGAAAUUUAGCUGUCUUACAUAAGUUAUUACACGCUACAAAGUACCCAUGUUAAACAUGCCUUCCAAUGAAAAAUGCAAAGCUGGAGUGUAAUAAAAAUCAACACUGCAAGAAAGUACUAAGAGCCAACCAUAUGACAUCAAAGCAUUGCUGUCUUUCAUCCCAAGUUUACUGCAAGCUCUCAGCUCCCAAGUGGCCACAGACUGCAACCUACACAUCCCACUGUCACAAAGACAUGGGAAUAAACUGUUGUUCAUGUGCAGAAGAGGGUUGUUCAAUAUAAACAUUUAACAAAAACCAAAGGAUAUUCAUAUGUCUUAUCACAGAUCUAAAAAGUUCCCUUAGCUUUGGUUUAGGAGAGUCUUUGUGUUUUGUAUAAUUGCUAAGCAUUAAGAAACCACCAUCUGCACAGAACAUUUCUGUAGUUCAGAUACUACCUAAUGAGGGUACUUGCUUGUGUCAGGAACAUGUCAGCUAAGAUGAAAAAAGGCUGCUUGUAGUUCCAGGAAUAAUUAGCAUUCAGAGAUUAUACUUAGUUGCAAAAUGGUGUCUGCUGUAUGCCCACAUUUCUUUACUACAAAUGUUAAAAGAAAUAUGCCUGAAUCACAUUGAUUGUGUACAGAAGGAACUUUAUUUUUGCUCUGUUUAAAGAUCCAAGAGAGAUGAUCUAGUUUUAUUAAUGAGAAGAUGAAACCCUAAAGGUGAAGUAGCUCCCCAUGGCUCCAGACUCCUAGCCCAGUGAUCUUCCUUGGCUCCUCUCCCUGCUUAGCUAUUAAAAGUCACACAAUUCCAAACAUCAGCCUAGAUGUUCCAUGCAAAGCUUGUUAGUUAUGCUUACUUAAAAUGUAAUGCUGUAAUUUAGUAUACAUUGGGGGAUUCACCUCCCUUUUUAAUUUAUGUAACUCUGUUAUCCUACCAUUUUUGUUACCAGGCUUCCUUGGCACCUGCAAAAUAUGUAAUUUCUGUGAAUUCUUAAUAAACAGUGCUAGUUAGCAGCACAUGGGGUGAUGCCAGAAAGAAAGCCUCUGUGCUUUCACUUUUAUAAUUUUUUAAGUUAAAAUUAACAGUGUACAUUAUAGAAAUUAAAUAUUGGGGUACUGUAUCUUGAGUUUUGAGAAUUAUUUGAGUCUGAACCACUAUAAGAGAACAAGCUGACUUGGGAUAUCCUUUUAGCUUCCUACACCAUCUGUUACCUGUUACAUACCUCUCCUAGUAAUAUGCUCUUCUUUACUCAGCUUUUAAAAAAUACUUUUGAUUAUAUUUCUGAGAUUGGUUUACUGGCUCAUAAAGCCUCCAAGCUAAUGACAAGGGUGCACGUAUAGUGAAUACUACCUAAACUUGUUUUUUUAAGCAGUAGAUUUUUAUUAGAAAUAAACUUCCAGAUCAUGUAAGAAUCUCAUGUGCUUAACCCAGAUUUGGCACUUUAAAGGACUUAACCCUUGAAAUGCAAAUAAAAAUUCCUCUUUUGAUUUUC